AUGCAAGUCGAAACAAAAAAAUAUCGUCGUCGUUCAAUUAUACGUGAAUUUUGUUUGAAUACAUUCACUCCUGCUUUACCUGAUAUUGCUCGAAGUGAAAGUAUACAUAAUCGACUCUUUUGGUUGAUUUCAUGCAUUAGUUUUAUUUUGAUUAUGAUCUAUUUUAUUGUGCAAGCAAUUUUAGCUUAUUUCGAAUAUUCAACACAAAUCGAUAUAAGCUAUGUUAGUGAAUGGCCACAAUAUUUUCUAGUUGAAAAUAACACACAAACAGCGGUACUUGGUGUAGUGGAAAUUCUUUCAAAUAUCGGAGGUCAAAUUAGUUUAUGGAUCGGUAUUAGUUUUAUUUUAAUAAUGAAAGUGAUCAAAAUGUUUUAUCGACUAAUUCAUUAUCAAUGCUUUUUAAUUGUACCUACAUUAAAAAAGUGA